ACAAAACGCAUACAUAAUGCAGUUUGUGUACAGAAGUGUGUUCGCACUGGAAUCCCGGUUGAAGCUUUGAAGCCAACCAGUAGCAUCAGGAUAUCGAUCGUCACUUCCAUUCCAACCACCUGCUCCGUAGUCAAGCUGUCCUGGCGUCUGCUGACCUCUGGCUCGUUGUCUUGGUUGCUUUAUCCAGCGCAGGACAAAAUCCUUCUCCUUAACCCCGUUCAUUUUGAUGACAAUUCUAGCUUUACAGUUUGGACAUCUCACUCGAUGCAAGUGGUGGUGACUGCAUGCGUCAAAGUACGCUGUAUUUGGAGGUCUGCUGAUGCUUUAACAUUUGGCAUCGUUUUGAUUACUCUUAAGCUGUUCUUGCUCUUUGUUGAAAUCUCCAGAUUUAUCUUUAUUGAGUUUUUUCUUGUCUGAGUGCGCAAUUGCGUUUGUGGAAGUUUACAGUGAGGCAAUGAGUUUAUACAUAUGAUGAACGCCAGAUUUCAGCAGCUUACUCGUUGGUUAUGCUAGAGGAUAUGAUCUUGAGGCCGUGAAUUACAGGCUCUGAAGUAGUCUCGGACUCCCAAAUUCGAACGCUCGCUUCCAACUGCUGCCUCUAGUUGUGCACAGGAUGGCUGCGUUGUACCAACGAAAUUUCGAUCAUCGGUUUUUCAAUCCCCCUCUCAGGCAGGGCUUUCGUAGAAGAUACCUCCACUCCGGUUUUGGAGAGCAGGUUGAGAGUCCGAAGUUCACUUUCCCCCAGACCGGAACUCGCAAGGAUGAUCUUGACAUUCAUGACAAUAGGGUGUGCGUCACCAAGCAGAUAGACAAAUUUAAGCCUGACCACUGCAGCCCUGGACCUGCAGUUUUCCUGCACAAUGGAUCCAUGGGAGACCAAGAAAGAUCAGAAAAGACAAACCCUGUAUACUGCCGAUUUGGCAAGGAACCCCGAUUUCGAGAAAUCAAACAGACGCCAGGACCAGGCCACUAUGAUUACUGACCGAAGAUUCACGUGAAGUGUGUGGGACUUCGGACUUUGAAGCACGAUUGUCUUGCCUACUCGGUAGAAUCUCCGUGAACACUGACUCACUUUAUUAUAAAAUGAGCACUUUGACCACUUGAAGUAAAGCCAAGAAUAAGAUGUUCAAACUUCAAAGUAGAAUGAGGUCUACCAGUAAAGCCUAGGAUGACCGCGGUAUGGAGACUAACAACCCUCACGCUCAUUCUUACCGUCCCGCCUGUCCAAGAGUCAUACGACAUCACCAAGGUCGUUACUAAGAUUACUUUGAACCCUUUAAGAGAUUACAUAUGUCAUCUUACGCUUCCCUCCUUCGAUAGUCCCAGCCGAGCUGAAGCAUACCUCUCGACUUGCUCAUCGUAAAUAACACGUUAGAACACCAGCAGUUCUUCAAACGAUGUGAACUUUUUCACGUUCUUGGGCCACAAAUGAAGUAAAUGUGCGCAUGUAAUUGAAAGAUAUAUUUGUCCUACUUUCUAUUUUUAUUCCUUUGUCAAAAAUGAAUGUAGAUAGUGAUCAAACAAAUGGAGCUAGUUGCAAUUUUUGUCUAGAAGCUAACUAUCAGUCUAACGAACGUCGGACCCUUUUGUGCACAUCGCCAAGAAGCUAGGUCAGUCCCAUCCUCAUAUAACGUGUACACUCCGACAUCCUCUGGCGCCAAUCGAUAACAUUUGCAUCAUUUCAUUUAAUUAAGUAACUGUACACGACUGAAUAUGCGAAAGACAUUAUCCCUCGGUAGAUUGACAUUCCUGUCAAGCUCAAUCACCUCUAGGAUUCCCUUGUCUCCGAUUCAAAUGGCAGCUCUACUAGAGUAGCAUUCCCAUAAAACUCCUCCAAAUUAUAGAAGGAGCGCUCCUUCGGAAAGAAAAUGUGCACCACCACAUCA